AUGGACAGCCUCAAGCACCUCCCGUUGUUCCACCGCCGGGGGUUCCACCUCGAGGGAUUCUUCAAGUACCUGUUUGGGGAUGCUAAUCCGGCUCUCGAUCCCGCGCUCGGGGUUCACCAUGACAUGAAUGCUCCUCUGUCUCAUUACUUCAUAUACACGGGCCAUAAUUCUUAUUUGACGGGGAAUCAGCUGAGUAGUGAUUGCAGUGACGUUCCCAUAAUAAAUGCAUUACGUAAGGGUGUAAGAGUCAUUGAGUUGGAUAUAUGGCCGAACUCGACAAAUGAUGAUGUCAAUGUUCUACACGGGAGGACAUUGACCACUCCCGUUGAGCUCAUCAAAUGUUUGAGAUCGAUUAAAGAACAUGCGUUUGCUGCAUCUGAGUAUCCUGUUGUGAUAACUUUGGAAGACCAUCUUACUCAGGAUCUUCAGGCAAAAGUUGCUGAGAUGAUCACGCAAACGUUUGGAGACAUGCUGUUUUGCCCUGAGUCUGAUUUGGAAGAGUUUCCCUCUCCGGAAUCUCUGAAGAAGAGGGUAAUUAUAUCAACAAAACCACCAAAAGAGUACUUACAGGCCAAGGAAGUUAAGGUAAAAAAUAAUGACAUGAAGAAGGAAAAGGAUGAAGAAGCUUGGGGAAGUGAGGUUAAGAAUGCCAAAAUGGAUGACUAUAAUGAUGAUGAUGAGGAGGAGGAGGAUGAAGAUGAUGAAGAAGAUCCUAAAGAACAACAAAAUGAGGCUCCAGAGUAUAGACGUCUGAUUGCUAUUCAUGCUGGGAAAGGGAAGGGUGGAAUGAAGGACUGGCUGAGGGUUGAUCUUCAUAAAGUAAGACGACUUAGCUUGAGCGAGCAAGAGCUUGAAAAGGCGAUUGUAACUUAUGGAAAAGAUAUUGUCAGGUUUACUCAGAGGAACAUGCUGAGAGUAUACCCUAAAGGUAUACGUUUUGACUCGUCCAAUUACAACCCACUAAUCGGAUGGACACAUGGAGCACAAAUGGUUGCAUUCAACAUGCAGGGUUAUGGCAGAUCACUUUGGUUGAUGCAUGGUAUGUUCAAGGCCAAUGGUGGUUGUGGAUAUGUUAAAAAGCCAAAUUUUUUGUUGAAUGCUGAUGCAUAUGGAGAAGUUUUCGACCCUAGUGCAACAUUACCUGUCAAAACUACUUUAAGGGUAACUGUCUAUAUGGGUGAAGGAUGGUAUUAUGAUUUCCGUCACACGCAUUUUGACGCUUAUUCUCCUCCUGAUUUUUAUGCUAGGGUGGGAAUAGCUGGAGUUCCGGUAGACACCAUAAUGAAGAAAACAAAGACUCUCGAAGACAACUGGAUACCAGCAUGGGACGAGGUGUUUGAGUUCCCAUUAACAGUUCCUGAGCUGGCCCUGCUAAGAAUCGAGGUUCAUGAGUAUGACAUGUCCGAAAAGGACGAUUUUGCGGGGCAAACGUGCCUGCCCGUGCGUGAGUUGAGGAAAGGUAUCCGGUCAGUUUCACUUCAUUCUCGCAAGGGGGAGAAGUACAACAACGUGAAGCUUCUCAUGCGGUUUGACUUCGUCUGA